CUCACCUGAUGAAUCGAGCAUGCCGUAAAACAUGUGUUUAUUUUUGUUCAAAGAUCAAAAAAUAAAAACACCUUUAACUCUGUUACCAGAUGGUUGAAUGUAAGGAUGUUGAGAGUUCUGAGGAUACUCUAUUUUUAACACGAACACCAUCACAGCGUCGGAAAAGAAUGAAAAAAUUCUCUAUAUUUGAUGUGAAGGAAUUGUUAAGCUUUUGUAACCAAGCCAACAUUCAUGAAAAGCAUGUUUAUCGAAUGUGGAGAGCUAUUGUCAAUCAUGGAGCUAAAAGUAUUGAGACUAUACCCGAAUUGCCUAAAGUGUUACAAGAUUUUGUUAACGAGCGUUGUUCGUUUCAAACGGUAACAGUAACGCAAGCAGUGCACUCUCAUGAUGGUUCUACAACGAAAUUCCUUUUAACGUUAUUUGAUCAAAAGCAAAUGGAAUCCGUUAUUAUGCGUUACGGCCAUGUCCGUUUGGAUUCUUUUCCAGAAAAGGAAGGUCAUACAGUACACCUUCCUUUAUCUCACCCUUUCCGAUGCGCACCUCGCAGCACCUUGUGUGUGAGCUCUCAAGUGGGGUGUUCAAUGAAAUGUGCUUUUUGCGCUACGGGAACACUAGGACUUUUAGCGAAUCUUACCUGUGGCGAAAUCCUUGAACAAUUAUAUAUAGCUCAAAAAUUGGAACCUAUAAAAAAUGUUGUGUUCAUGGGAAUGGGGGAACCUUUAGAUAAUUAUGAAGAAGUUAUUUUUGCCAUCAAACUACUAACGGACGUCCGAGUUUUUCAUUUAGCUGCACAUCGCGUCACGAUUUCCACUGUUGGAGUCGUUCCAAGAUUAAGACAACUUAAACAAGAUGCUCCCUGUAUCAGUUUGGCCCUUUCACUGCAUGCACCAACUCAGAAGAUUCGACUUAAAAUUGUGCCAACUGCAAAAGUUUGGCCUAUAGAGUCCAUAUUACAUGCUGCCAUUGACUUUACAAAAGGUGAAGGUACCAAGGUGUCAGGUUCACGUAAAAAUCGCAAAUUGUUAAUUGAAUAUGUUAUGAUACAAAACAUUAAUGUCUCGGCUCCCAUUGCUCAUCUUUUAGGAGAGUUUCUAAAAUCGAACUCAGAUUGGAUUCAUGUUAAUUUAAUACCUUAUAACCCUAACUUUUUACCGGGUACACGUAAUAUGCAAGCGCCUACCGAUCAAGAAGUUUCUGAAUUCGUUACGAUUCUUCGGUCUUACACUCUUAAAGUGACCAUUCGUCAAACAUUAGGCCAAGAUAUUUCCAGUGCUUGUGGGCAACUUGUGACUGGAAAGAAGCCCUUAAACACGCCUUUUUCUUUUCCACGCUUACAUUGGUUCAAUAAUUUUUUUCAUUCCAUUCUGUCGCACCACGUUUUUUUCAAACACAAUUUCUUCAUGUAUUCGUUCCGUAUAUUACCAUCUCUUUAUUUUUUCGCUACUCUGUUAGCAUGCUUUAGUGCUGUGAAAUUAUUAAAAAAAACAGAAACGAAAAAAUUCAUUCCUUUAUAAAUGACUAUCUUUUCAUAACUUUUCUUCAACUAUGCUGAAUACGUCAUCAAACACUCGACUCACUUAAAUCGCACUUAUAUGAAUGGACCGAUUAUACAAUUAGCAAUUUUCCAAAGGGUACCACAACACGUUUCA